UCAACGGUGGAGAUUUAAUCUCCACAUAGCAAAGAUCAAAAGCCCUAAGUAUAUAUACAUAGCAAUUCACCACACAACUUUCCAAUUUCUCAGCAGCUGCGGUAACACAAACACAUUUUCCCUAACUUCCAAAUCUCACAAAAGAGAAGAGAAAAUGAAGGUUAUUGCUGCUUAUUUGUUGGCUGUUUUGGGUGGGAAUACUUCUCCAUCUGCUGCAGAUUUGAAGAAGAUCCUUGGUUCUGUUGGAGCUGAUGCUGAUGACGAUAGGAUUGAACUCCUCUUGUCCCAAGUCAAGGGCAAGGAUAUCACUGAGCUGAUUGCAAGCGGCAGGGAAAAGUUGGCUUCAGUACCUGCUGGUGGUGGUGGUGCAGUUGCUGUUGCUGCACCUGCCGGUGGAGCUGCUGCAGCACCAGCUGCCGAGGAGAAGAAAGAGGAAAAGAAGGAAGAGAAAGAGGAAUCUGAUGAAGACAUGGGCUUCAGUCUCUUCGAUUAGAGGAAUGUUAUACCGGUUUCUGUAUGAAAUCCCCCAUUCCCCAGUUUCCCUCCUUGAGUUUGUUCUGGGAGUCUUUUUGUCCACUUACUGUUUUCAUUUUUAGUUUAGUUAAUGAACCUGAAUUAUGCUUGGUAAACAUCUUGAGUCAAUUCGAAAUCACUAGUAUUGUUGGAUUUGAUUUA